UUCACAAUCUCUUAUAAAGUUCUUUCUCCCUUUCUUUCUCUUGAAACAUAAUGGCUAGCCAGAGAAGGAAAAUUUGCGUUACACAGAUUCUAUCAAAUUGCCUUGAUGAUUGGUUGAAACGGCACAAUAGCAAUGGUGACGUCAACAAUGAGGUUGAAUCCACACUGGCAGAAAUACAAAAGGAUCUUGACGAGACGAAAGAAGUGUUUACUCAACUGAAAGUGUUAGAAGAUGCAAUCAUGGCAACGUUCCAAUCUUUGGAAGAGCACAUUUCAAGUGACCAGACCAAUGAGGUAAGCGAAAAACUCAAAGUCAUAAUCAAGACAAGAAAAGAAAUCAACAAAAUCAUAACUGAAAAUUUUCCAGAAAUAGAAGAAAAGACAUUUGUUCCUAAACAACAAUCUUUUUCCAAUGAUGAGAAUAAAAGGAAGAGGCCAGAAAAUUCAUCGAGGUCACAAAUUGAACAAAACCCUUCUUUUUCUCGUACGAUGUCGCAGUUACAGCUGAAUUAUGAUAGUCUGCUUGAAUACAAAAAGAAUUGUUUGUUAACACUUGCAGCUUUCCCUGAGAAUGCAGUCAUAAAGAAGAGGAUUCUAAUUCAUUGGUGGAUUGGUGAAGGUUUUGUGAUCGAAACUGGCGAUCUGAGUUUUGGCCGUUUUGAGAAUGAAAUAACCAAGUCUAGCUAUAUGAGUGCUGAGGAAGUGGGCGAAAAAAUCUUUGGAGAACUAAUUGACGAAGGUUGGAUACAAUCCCGUCGUAAGACAGAAAGGAGUCCCACCAUCUAUGGUUGUACUAUGAGUCCAGGGAUCCGUAGAAUGUUGAUAUCCAAUGCUCAAAAAUCCAACUUCUUCGAUUUAGAUUCCAAUGGGAACAUAACCAAGGAUGAUGUUCAAUCUGGUCGGCUAAUUUUGGACAAAGGAUGGCUUUCGAAUAUCGAUAAUCAUCCACAGAGAAGAUUGUUAACCAUAUUCAACUUACAUGAGAAAUAUUUGAGUCCAAAGGCAUAUUUAUUUGCAAAGAAUAAGAAACUAAAGGUUCUUCAACUUGGAAGGUGGCAGGUUUCUCCUCGUUAUCAUAUUGAGGUAGAAAAUUGCAAGUUUUUGGACAGGUUAAAGACACAAAAGGAAUUAACGUAUCUUAGCCUAAGAGGGAUUUCACAGAUUACCACUCUCCCUGACUCUAUGGGUGAGUGCGUAAAUCUUGAAAUUUUAGACGUCAAGGCAUGUCAUAAUCUGGAGCGUCUCUUUGACGUAGGUAAUUUUACAAAGAUAAAACAUGUCAAUAUAUCUGAAUGUUAUUGUCUACCAGCGAGAGAGGUGCGUAAAUUACAUCAAUUUUCACAGUUCCAUGUCCUCAAGGGGUUUCCUCAAUGGAUACUUGGUGUACCUAUUCGAUAUCUUCGGGUCCUUUCUUUGACUUGGCAGUUUGAUAGAUCUCCAGAAUUUUUUUUAAAUGUAGAUCCUCCUUUGUUUUUCCCCCUCUUAGAGAAAAUACAACUAACGCGCUACCCUCGACCAAAGUUGCCAGACUAUAUAGUCCCAUCUGCGGUGCCAAAUUUGAAAAGGUUGUAUAUAAAAGGAGGGUCGCUUGAGAAUUUGUCUUCUUAUUCUACUGAUUCCGGUCCAUUCAAUGUCGAGAUUUUACGUCUGAAUUAUCUCAAGAAAUUUCGAUUGGAAGAGUCAUCUGAUAUGCAGAAACAGUUUCCCAAUCUCAAAUACUUAGAGAAGCUAAACCGCCAUUCUUCAUCGACGCAUGACAAAGCAGAUAUCGAGUGGAAAAUCGAGGAUGGAUGGCAGACUCUCAAUGAUAAACUUAAAACUUGAUGCUGAAUCAACAUUUAUGAACCUACUGGAGCUCCGCGAGAGGGACUGUCGAUAAUGUACUAUCAUUGUUGUAACUUAAAACGGUUUAAUAUGGUUUUUCUUCAAAUGCUUGCUUUAGCAUCUCUGAUAUUAUUUGUUUGCUCAUAAAAGAAGUAUGAUGUGACUUUGUUCCUUAUAUUGUACGGUUAAUAAAU